AUGUUAGAUCAGGUUCUGAAAAGAGUGAGAGAAGAGAUGAAAAGCUGUGUGAGUCUCUGUCUUCCUGGACCAAAUGUUCUGCUGCUGUUAGUAAAGCCUUCUGAUUUCACUGAGGAGAACAGAAAAACUCUGAAGUUCAUGCUGAGUUUGUUUGGUGAACAGUCCUUUAAACACUCCAUGGUCAUCAUCUCACAGAGGGAUGAGAUAGGAUUUUCUGUUAAUUCACUCCUCAGAGAUUGUGAAGGUCGAUGUUACAGCAUGUUUGAAAAUGAUCAUAAGCAGUUGAUGGAGAAGACUGAGAACACUGUGCAUGAGAACAAAGGAAAAUUCCUCACAGUCCCUGAAGAGGCCAUCAGACCACAGCCUGAAGACAUCAAACCAGCUUUAAACCUGGUUCUGUGCGGGAGGAAAGGAGCAGGGAAGACUUCAGCAGCCAAGGCCAUAUUAGGUCAAACAGAGCUCCAUUCAGUCUCCAACUCAGAGUGUGUUAAACAUCAGGGAGAGGUGUGUGGACGUUGGGUUUCCCUGUUGGUGCUGCCUGCCUUGUAUGGAAAACCUCAGCAGGCAGUGAUGGAGGAAUCUCUCAGUUGUCUCUCCCUUUGUGAUCCUGAGGGCGUCCACGCCUUCAUCCUGGUCCUCCCUGUGGCUCCUGUCACUGAUGAAGACAAGGGAGAGUUAAAGAAUCAGAACAUAUUUGGCUCUCAAGUCAGUGACUUCACCAUGAUUCUGUUUACUGUGGAGUCAGAUCCUACAUUGUUUGACACAACUCUGUCCAAUUAUGAAAUUCGACAGGAGCUUCUGAAAUGCAUCAGCAUGUUGUCUCCUGGACCUCAUGCGUUCCUACUGGUGCUGCAGAUUGGUCGCUUUACAGAGGAGGAAAAAAAAGCUGUGCAGAUGAUCAAAGAGAUUUUUGGCACAAAGUCAGGAAACUUCAUCAUUGUUACCUUCACCAGAGGAGAUGAGCUUGAGGACAGAAACAUUAAAACAUACAUAAAUGAAGACUGUGCUGAUUUUGUAGAAAUUCUGAUUACUGACUGUGGAGGCAGAUACAUCAUCUUCAAUAACAAAGAUCCAACUAACUGCACACAGGUCACAGAGCUGCUGAAAAAAAUUGAACACAUGUUGAAUACCAAUGGUGGUAGCUACUACACUACUGAGAUGUUCCAAGAGGCUGAGGCAGCGAUACAGAAGGGGGUGGAGAGACUGUUGAAAGAGAAAGAUGAAGACAUGAAGAAGGAGAAGGAGAGGGAGAAACUACAACAGAAACACGAGGAAGAAAUGCAAAAAAAAAAGAGAAAGAUCUCCAAAACUGAAUCUGAGAAAGAGCAGAGUAUGAACCAGCUCAAGCAGAUGGAGGACUACAACCAGGAGCGAGAGAAGCGAGAGAGAGGGCAGAAAAUCAGAGAAGAGGAAGACAGAAAGAGGAAAGAACAGGAAGAAAUUCAACAACAACAGUGGAAACAAAAACUUGAGACUGUGGAUCAGCAAAUAGAAUCUGAGUCAAAGCUCAUCAGUAAGCUCGAACACACCAGAGAAGAAAUGAGAAAGAGAGAGGCCUGGGAAGUGGAAAAGAGAGAAUGGUGGGAAAAGAGGUGCCAACAAAGACAACAAGAGGAAACUACAAAAAUUCAAAAGCUCAAAGAAGACUAUGAAAAGGGAAAAGAUGCAUUCUCUAUCAAAAUGAAAGAGUAUUUCAUAAGAAUAGAGCAGGAGCAAAAAAAGAGAAAAAAAUUAGAGAAUGACCACAAGAAAAAAAUGAAGGACAUGAAGCAGAAAUAUGAAGAUGAGGCCAGAAACCAAGAUGAAGAGGUCAAUGUAUUCAAAGAGAAAUACACCAGGGACUUUGAAUCCCUGCAAGAAAAGUAUAAUGCGGAGAUAAGGGAUCAGAAGGAAAUGUAUGAGAAAUUAAUGCAAGCGCAAAUAAAACACAAACAUGAGUAUUCCCUCUUGCACAAUGUCUCCAGCCACAAAGAAGAAAACCUUAAAGAAUUGGAGCAAAUGCAGAAAAAGCACAAAGAAGAACUUCAAAGCUUAAAGGAGCAAAAUGAAUGCAUCAUUGCCUGA